CGACACCUUGAUUUAACUUCAACUUUUACUUUUAUGAAAUACCAUGUGCACUAUUUUUUUUAUAAGAUCGCCAAUGAUAUCUGAUAUGAAUUUAGAAGUUUAAGCAUCUUGCAAAAGGCGUGUUGUUCCCUAUAAUUUAGCAGUUGUUUACUACUUGUUUCCUGAAAAAAUUCCAAAGAACAAAUUAAGCGAAAGAUAUUUGCAAAGAUGUCACCUACAGAGAAGAGGCUAUCUUCGACUGUGCUGGAGAUGAAGUUCAUGCAAAGGACGAAAAGGAAGCUCGAAGCAAGAGAGAAAAAGAAAAAGGAGGCUGAACUCAAGAAAGAGUGUUUUGGUGACAACGAAGAAUUUACUCCAUCACCGGUCUCGAAGCAGUGUGAUUAUCAGUUCUCAAGUGACUUAACUUUUCUGGAAAAUCUGAAGUUUGGGCGAAUGUCUUUCAAAGGUUGCAAUCCUGAAGUAGAGAAGUUAAUGGUCUAUCAUGAACGUAAAAGGAUGGGACAUGAUUCGGAUACCGAUUCCGAUAAUGAGAAAGAUGUAGGAGACGUAGAAAUGGCGACAACGCUACGCGGUGCGGCAGCUACCAUGUCACGCAAGUUCAGUAAAGGCGAGAAAGCUGUGAAAACAAACAAGGGCGUAUCUCGUCCAGCACCAGGAUUAGAUGAAAUCUCUUCAAACGAACGCCUCAACUUCACAGAUGUGCGGAAAAGAGGCACCAAAAGCGAAUGGGGCGGCAGUGACGAGAGUCCUCCGAAGAAAUUCAGGAAAAGCAGUUGAGUUGUUGAUUUUCAUUGUUGAUAUUGUUAUUGUUGUUGAUCAUGUGCUGACUACAGCUUUUGCUCUCAAAGAUUUUAUCAACUUUCAUCUUAUCCUAGAUAGCUUAUGCUGUUUAAUCAUGCAUAGUAGCGUCUUUCAAACCACGACGUAAAACAGCAUCAGUUUCUUGUCUGCAUCAUCGUUAUCACUGAGUCCUUUUGUGACACUCAUCAUACCUAUGCACUUUCCCUUUAAGAGACGUUUACAAGGAAGAUCGCGAGUUGUAUUAAGAGCAAGUUUGAUGUUUGAUGUUUUCUGAUGAAAUGUAGAAAGAUGUAUGGCAUCUCUUUUAUUCCGCAUGAGUAGGGCUGACUUCACUCAGUAAAGCCUCAAUAUAUCCUUAUGUUAAGGAAAAAGUCUUCUGUGAUGUUGUGCAUUAUGAAAAUUC